GGCGGCCCCGGCCCCGGCCCCUGCCCCCUCCCCGCCGGGUAACUCCUCCCCGGCCGCAGCGGCUGCUCCCGGCUUGCUGCGUCCCGUCCCGUCCCGUCCCCGCUCCGCUGCGGCGGGGGCCGCCCCAGAGAACAAGGAACAAAAAUAUCUUCCUGUGACUUGUUACUUGUCCUCUAAGUCUGGGCAGAGCUAUACCUCCUGACUCUGCUGUGAAGAGCUGUCUAAGAAUGGAUGCGACAUAAACCAGAAAUCCUGAAGCCUUAGUCACCAAUCUGAUGGAUUUAGCGUUCAUGCUUUACUUCCAAACACUUGAAUUGUUUUGGUACUGCUGACAAAGGAAAGAUGACCUCUACUGUAGGUCCACCGCCAUAUUAUGAAAAUCAUGGCUUUCAGCCAGAAAACGUCUAUUCUGCCAGGCAGCCAGGUGCUAACCCAUAUCCACAGUACUUCACAACAAAUGCUCCAUCAGUGCCAAGCUAUGUCCCAAGGGUUGCUACCUAUCAGUCGAGUAGGCCAGUAGCACAUUCAUCUGAAAGAACAUGUGCAUCAAAUGUAAAGAAAACCAUAGUCAUUAUAUUAUCCAUUUUACUAGUAAUUUGUUGUGCAAUUGCUGCUUUCUUCAUCUGGUAUUUUGUAGAGAAUCGUUGUCUCGGCUCCUUAAUAGAGUGUGGAUCUUCAGGAGUGUGCAUGCCACCCUCGCAGUGGUGUGAUGGAGUGAGCCACUGCCCCAACGGGGAGGAUGAAACUCGGUGUGUUAGACUUUUUGGACCAAACUUUAUCCUGGAAGUUUAUUCACCUGUCAGCAAAUCCUGGUAUCCUGUUUGUCAAGACGACUGGAAUGACGAUUAUGGGAAGAUAGCAUGUAAAGACAUGGGCUACACUGUAGAUACAUAUUACUAUAGUCGAGGAGUAGCAACUGAAGUCAGCUUCAAAAGCUACAUGAAGCUGAACACAAGUGCUGGGAAUAUAGACUUGUACAAAAAGCUGUAUAGCAGUGAUUCCUGUGCAUCGGGAAAUGUGGUUUCUCUGCGCUGCAUAGAGUGCGGCCUGUCCACCAAAAACAUGAACAUCAUGAACCGAAUUGUGGGCGGCAGCGGGGCGGCGCUGGGGCAGUGGCCGUGGCAGGUCAGCCUCCACAUGCAGGGCAUCCACGUCUGCGGGGGCUCCAUCAUCACCCGCCAGUGGAUAGUGACAGCGGCACAUUGCGUGGAAGGACGAUUUUCUGACCCCUAUAGCUGGAGGGUUUAUGCUGGGAUUCUGAAUCAGAAUGAGAUGCUCUUAAGAAAUGGAUACAGAGUUCAACAGAUAAUUUCCCAUCCGCAUUAUGAUACGGAUUCUAAAGACAAUGAUGUUGCACUCAUGAAGUUAGAGAUACCACUGAGUUUUACUGAUACUGUACGGCCUGUUUGUCUGCCUAAUCCAGGAAUGAUGUUCCAGCCUAAUCAGCAGUGCUGGAUAUCUGGGUGGGGAGCAGAAUACCAAGGAGGUAAAACAUCAAAUAACUUGAAUUAUGUUACGGUGCCCUUAAUAGAACGUUCUAGGUGUAAUUCUGUUUAUAUCUAUAAUGGCAUGAUUUUGCCUACAAUGAUCUGUGCUGGAUAUCUAGGUGGAGGAAUUGAUUCCUGUCAGGGUGACAGUGGAGGUCCGCUGGUAACGAACAAAAACUCUGUGUGGUGGCUGGUUGGAGAUACGAGCUGGGGAACUGGCUGUGCUAGUCCCAACAGACCUGGAGUGUAUGGAAAUAUGACUGUGUUUACAGAUUGGAUUUAUAAAAACAUGCAGGCAAACAGAUGACAAUGCUGUCUGUCCCUCUUGCUGAUCUUGCUGAGAACAAGAAUAAAUGAAGCCAUGGGUGCCUGGGAUAUUUAUUCACUUCGCAAAUGAUUUUUUUUCUCUUUGAAUUUUCUUUAAAAAGAAAUAGCAUGAAGGAUUGCACACUCGGUUCUGUGCUGGCUACAGUGACUGAUCUUAAUCAGUGAAGGAUUAUCACAAUGAGCACCUUUCUUCUUGUUGUGAUGCCUGGCAGAAAGUCAUUCUGUCAACUGCUUGCUGAAAUAUCUCUCUUUAGUUGAGUUAACUUUCACUUGAUAAUCAGGUUCAGGCUUAUAAUGUCAAUUUUAAUCACAAUUUAAUUUAAGAUUUUCGUAGCAGGAUGCUGAGACAGUUGGUUUAGUAAUGUUUUAAAUUAAAUGUUAAGUAAUAUGAACGUUGAAUCUCUGAGCUGCUGGUUGGCAAUUUAAAAAGAAAUUAAUGUUUGGUAUAUAAGAAGGGAAGUUUUCAUGCACUACGGUAGAGGCGCAGAAAAAAAAAUACUGUAUAUUCAGGUAGUUAAAAAUCCUCAGGAUCUCGACACAGCAGUCAUCCAAGUCAGAUUGUUCGAAGUGAGACCAGUCUGACUGUCUCAGUAAUUAAAAGUGCUGUUCUGCCUUAAGCCGCUCGGAACCCAAAAAGGGCAAGACCUGCCAUCACUCUUCAUGUAGGCUACGGAGAGGGAUGCUCUGGAGGUGUAGCAGGAAGGGGCGAGUGAAGUGUCCCGACGGCAAGGUCCCUGGCUGCACACAUCGAGUUGGCUCUUGGACUCUCCCUGCUGUGGAAGGCAAAGGGCCAAGUUUUUCAGUAAGGCUGUGUUGUAAGCGAUAGACCUCUGAUUGCAGACACACGUACAAAGGCUGGAUGUUUCCUACAAAGAAACAGACCUGUGUUUCUGCGUAACCAGAUGAACUACCUCAUUUAUUAAAUUUGGCUUUUAAUUCCUUAGAGCUCUCCUUUAUGUUUCUGCAUGUAUGUUUUUAGCAAAAUGUAAUUAAUAAGAGUGCCACCUCAACUAGGAUUUUGAAAAUAAUUUAUAAUCAUAGUACAGAGGAUCAAAAAGCCAUACGAAGUCACUUUUGUUAAGAAGGAUAAAUCUUUUGAAUUAAAUGAC